AUGGCCAUCGCUGUUGCAGAUCGCGUAUUCGACGUGGACGGGAAUUGGGGCACGAGGAGCUUUCGCAAGGCCUCGCUGGCAAGCGCAGUGACCGCGCUGCACUUUGUGGCACAUGCGAACUACGAGAACCUGGGCGGCGAUGGACAGGCGCCCACAAACCACUGGACCCUGCUCCUCCAGACCGACGCCUACUCUGGCGUUCGACUGGACGUUUCCCCCGGCGAUAUCGGUCGCCCUGGUAUGCUCAUCCUCGAGGAUGUUACGAGCGCCACAUCCUAUUCCCUCGCGGACCCCUCCUUCCCCGACCAGCGUAUACACGUCGUCUCCGUCCCCACCGCGCAGGGCACUACUGUAGAGCGCAUACUUGACCUCAUCGUUCAGAAAAAUCGCGACAACUAUGUCUUUGCCCCAGUUGGCGAAGGGUGCAGAUUCUGGCUUAAGACGUUCGCGCAGGACCUCGCCGACGAGAGCAUAAUCACUCUCGAGGAUGCUGAGCACGCUAAGGAUGCACUGCCAAAAUACUAUCCAUAUCCUCCGGGAACAGCUCCAGUCGCCAGGCCAAUGGCCGAGGGACGCUUCUUCUGA